AUGGCUUCCGCGGCUUUCGAGAACGACGAUUCCGGCGGCCAUCCAGCACGGCAGCAGCAGCCCACAACCCUCUCCAACAGCUCGGUUACCUCGGUAAACAACGGCUCCGACAGCGACGAUGAGAAAGAUCUCUUCGAACUGAGACUACAGCUGGUUGUUGCAGACCGCAAGAACAGCGAUCUAGAGCGCAAGCUUCAGCGCUCACAACAUGCAGUCGCCAUGGUCAGAGCUUCAAACAGGAAUCUACAGCAGACGAAUGCGCUCAACGUCGCCGCGGCCUCCGAAGCAGAGGCACUUCGCGCGAAAGUUGAGGCACUCGAGAAUUCUGCCGCAGAGAAAGAUUCGGAGUUGAAAGCCACGCGACAUGAUGUGACCGUUGCGGUACAGGAUGCGGAGAACACUCACGCCCGGCUGCGUUCGUCCCAGGACCACAACAGUCGACUCGAGCGCAAAGUGCGGUCUCUUGAGAGCGAAUUGUCCGAAGCCAACAUUCGCUCAAACAAGGCCGCCAUGAGCCAAGCGGAGGUCGACGAUCUGCGAACCCAGCUCGCCCAGCACUCAAGUCAGAAUCGACAAUAUGCUCAGAGGGUGCAAAUGAGCACAACCGAUGCAGAGCGCCUGAAGGCACAGAUCGACGGUCAGAAGAGAGAGCUAGACGACGUUCAAGCCAAGCUUGCCGCGGCCGAGUCAUCGCGAGAUUGGCACCGUGAUGAGCACACUCAGAUCUUGGCAGUCCGUAACACAAUCAAUGCCGGACGUGCGCCCGAGAUCGACCGCUUGAAGACCGAGGUCACCAAGCUGAGUAAAGAGGUGAAAGGCAAAAAGGACCAAGUACCUAGGUUGAAGCGCGACAUAGCCUACUAUAUCGCUCACCUCGACCUGGCAUAUAGAGAUGCCCGAGUCUACACCUGCGGUCACAAUAAUCUUAACAACAUCGUCCAAGACACGAACGAGACCCGUCAGUGGGACGAAGCUUCAGUAGCCGAAGAGUUCUUCCGAGAUUGGGAGGAGGAUGCCGAGUUCGUGGUGGAGUACAACAGCGCUAGACAACACAUUCUCAAUCAUCAUCGUGCGCAUGAGAGCAUGAAGCGCGGUCGGGGAGAUGGGUCUGGGUGGAUUCGGGACGAAUUCCUCCACGUUGAUUCCAAACGUAGGGUCAACGUCACCUACAACUGA